AUGUCUGAUCAAAACAAUCCAUUUGCUGGACUAAUUGGUAGUCAUGAAGCUAAGGCUACGAGCGACGUAGGUUUUCCAUCUGGGCCCUUACAGUCAACUCCAAAAGAUAACUCUGAAAGUGAGAGUAUCAUAACUAUCAAUAAUAUUGUAGAAAAUGUUUUUCAUUUCACAAUAAAUAUUAAUGCUGUUGAUGAGAGCUCUGAUAAACAGCUUGUGUACCUCGAAGAACUUGCGCAAGCGAUGAAUCCUCGUUUUCGCAUUGAUUUAGAGGCCUUGGAACAAGCCCUCUUUGAACGAUUAUUGUUACAAGACAUAGAACAAAACAUUAUACCAAAAGCCACUAGGUCUUACAAGGAGCAUGUUAUACAGAAACUGGUUUUUCCAUACCUCUUUAGUUCUAUGCAAAAUCUUCAAAGUUAUGAUUAUGUCAAUGAUGAAGUUGUUGUUAACGGUAUUAAAAAGAUGAAAGAACUAAUAUUUCGGAAUGCUGUGACUGCCCUUAAGCAACCAGCGUUAUUUGAAGGCCAAGAUUUUUCCAGUCAACUAAUUGAACUUCUGCAACAUGUGGAUCCACAGAGUCACACUUUCUUUAUGGACUUGGUGAAAGCUUUUAUGGCAGAAGGUGACGCUGAAUCACAAAAUCAAUUGAGGGAUACAAUGAUUCCGGUUUUAAGAAAUAUACAUACAGAUGUCAAUAAGUCUAAUUUAAUAAACCUUCCGAUUUAUAUAUUGCCCUCCAUUGAUAUAUUUGCCAGUAGCCCAUACCUAGCACCAAUCUUAAUGGAAGCUUGUGAGCCGAAAAACAAAACAUUGGGUAGACAUUAUCAAGACUCAAUUAUCGGAGCAUUGCUGGGCUUAUCCGUUCUGCCUAGAACGUCCACAGCACCUCAUGAAUUUUUUGAUAAUCCCACAGACCAGUCAGCCAUAUCGAUGGUGGAGACAUCAGUUUGGAAUGCGUCAUCUCACCUCAUAAACAAUCUGCACAAAAUAUUUCUAACCCUACUAAAGGGUGGGCCACAAAUUAAGGACCGUCUUCUAACAUGGAUUGGUCUAUGUUUGAAGUCUAACGCUGCGAGGGGAAAGCUUUGGAGUGUUCAGGCUGGCGAUAUAAGUGCUGCGUCACUACAGUGCGUAUCCGAUGGUUUCAUGCUGAAUUUGGGGGCGGUUCUAUUGCAACUCUGUCAGCCAUUCUGCAAAACAGCGAAUGAUCCUAAAUCGUUGAAAAUCGACCCAACGUAUGGCGCUGUACCGCCAGAAGAGUGUGCAGCUAAAUCUGUACAUUUGGACUGCCUUCACAAUGAGACUUGUCUUCUUCCUGCCCGGGAGACAGAAGAUGGACAAACAGUGAAAAGACCCACAGCUGAAACUUACAAUUUUGUCACAGAGUGUUUUUAUAUGACGCAAAAGUGUAUUGAUUUGGGUGUACGUGUUUGUGCUGAGAAACUGUAUCGCUGUGGUCAAGACCUGGGUAGAGCUCAGCGGGCUUUAGCCGAUGUUGCUGCUAGCGCACACCAUUUAUUGGAACCGAUGAGACAACGAACACAGCACCUUAUGACUAGAUUUGUGAGCCUCCGCUGCGCGCUAUUAGAGAAUGAAAUGCUGACGAAUUUGCACCGGCUCCAAGCGACUACGUGCACUUGGCUGGUGCAGGUCGCUAUAAGGGAGAGCUGCGAAGGGCUCUCGUGCUACGCCCCGGGAAAUUUGAUGCCGGUCACUAUGCCCAUCACCACCCCACCGCCAGAUACGUUAAGAUGCAUUCCAGAAUUUGUACUAGAGAACAUAGUCGUACUCAUAACUAUGGCACGACGUACCGUAGGUGCUAUCACUGAAGAGGCCGACUUGGCUGGGCUGUUGCAGCCCGCCUUGACUCUAGUUCUUGCUUUUAUGGGAGAUUCUGCGAGGACCUACAAUCCACACUUGAGAGCGCGCUUAGCCGAAUGUCUGGAAGCGAUGUUGCCAAACCACCCAGACGAACAGCAGCCUUUGAGCAACAUCGCAUCUUUCUACAGAGAACAAUUGUUCAAAGAACAUCCACAUAGAUUACAAUUGGUGCCAUGUUUGCUCGACGUGUUCGUGGGCAUCGAGAUGACGGGUCAGAGCGUGCAAUUCGAGCAAAAGUUCAACUACAGACGACCCAUGUACCUCGUUAUGGAGUUUUUGUGGGGCAUGCAGGAACAUCGGGACGCGUUUACACACUUAGCUAACGAGGCAGAAGCCAACAUGGAGGCAGUACAUCCACCUCUCUUUCUACGUUUCGUCAACCUCCUCAUGAACGACGCCAUAUUUCUACUGGACGAAGCGCUGGGCAACAUGGCUCAGAUAAGGACAAUGCAGACGGCACAAGAAUCCGGUGCCUGGGCCAACCUUCCGGCUCAAGAACGCGAACAGAACAUAUCGAACCUCUCUCACAUUGGAAUGUUGGCUCGCUUCGAUAACAUCCUCGGCCGAGACACCAUACGGACCCUAGUCAGAUUGACUGCGCACGCGCCGACCGUUUUCUGUCACCCAACGCUCGUUGAGCGCGUCGCGUCCAUGCUCAACUAUUUUUUACUCCACCUCGUCGGGCCCAAUAAAAAGAACUUUAAGGUGAAAGACAUGAAGGAAUUCCAGUUCGACCCAGCGAGCACUGUCCUCGAUAUCUGUCGUAUGUAUGUGGAACUUGGUAACAACGAGAGGUUCUGCGCAGCGGUCUCUGAUGACGGUCGGUCCUAUUCUCCUCAGUUGUUCACGCUGGCUGAAGCUGUGUUAGUACGUAUUGGUGGCGGUGGCCUUAUAACAUCGCUGCAAGAAGUGGCCUCACGAGUCAGCACGAUAGCCGCACAAAGGAGGCGUGACGAAGAGAUUUUGGCGAAUGCGCCAGAAGAGUUCCUCGACCCCAUAAUGAGCACGCUUAUGCUGGAUCCUGUUAUUCUUCCCAGUUCGCGGACUACCGUUGAUAGAACCACAAUUGCCAGGCAUCUCCUCAGUGACCAAUCAGACCCGUUCAAUCGUUCACCGUUGUCCAUGGACCAAGUGAAGUCUGACACAGAACUAAAGCAGCGGAUACACGCAUGGAUCGCGGAGCAAAAAGGAAAAAUACGCCAGACAACAGACAGUCAUUCCUAA